GCAGGAUUUUUUAAAAACUGAAUUGAGUUGUUACAGUGGCACUCACAAGUGGAGUAGAUUAGAGUAUUGCCCUUGUGAUGCUGGGGCUUAGAGAUCUUUUACUUUUUGGCUUGACUGUGGUGACAGCAAGCUGUUUAAGGAUUGGUCAUGCUGCUUUUUCAGGAAUGGGUUUUUCUCAUGGCACCAUUGCCAACAGAACGCUCAAUUUUGGCAAGCUUAUUAUUGGCAGUGGUGUAUCCAAUGAUUCUGCUGAUAGACAAGGAGAACAGCCUAAUGUAUACUGGCCUGGUGAACAAGCUGAGACUAAGGUGAAACGUCUGGGUCCUUCUGUGCACUGUGGUAAUGAUGCCAUGACCCUGCGUGUUCCUGGCCCAAGAAUGCCCCACUUCCUGGUUGAUAAAGGAGUGGGUUCUCCAGUGCCUCUGUCUGAAAUCCCAGCCAGCUGCGGUAUCUCUGUGAAGAGGGUUCGUCGUGAUGUAUCGUUUUCUGUUCCUUUCCGUGGCUGUCCUGUCCGACAACAGAGUGGAAGUUAUAUUCUGUCUCUGAUUCUAAUGGGGGCACAAGUGCAGGCGUCAUGCCCUGCGAGUUCUCCCCUUCCUACAUUUUCUUGCUUGCCCACUGGAAUGGUUAUCUCGCUUGGACUCAUGGCUGAUACGGUCAAGAUCAAAGUUGAUGGAUCAUGGCAGCCUCUGCUGUUAGAGUACUCUAAAUGUGGGUUCACAUUGGAUACUGUUGAUGGUGCUCUGGUGGUUACAGCACCAUUUACUGGAAGCUGUUGGGUAAUGAUGGAUACGGAAAGGCAUCUCCCUUUGCUAUACCUUGACCAAGAAGUGAUUCUUUCCUGUCCUUUGACGCUGCUAACAGCUGCCACGACCGUACCUUCUGCUGACCCUCAAUAA